CUCAUCCACUUCGAGCUGCAGGUGGAGAAGGAUGUCAUCGAGCCCCUCUUUGUGCUGGCUGAGGUGGAAAUCCCGAAUAUCCAAAAGCAGAGGAAGCACUUGGCGAAGCUCGUGCUGGACAUGGACUCCUCCAGGACGCGGUGGCAACAGUCUGUGAAGUCCUCGAGUCUGGCCGGCAACCUGCAGCCCUCGGGUGCCAAAGCCGAUGCUCUCAGGGAAGAGAUGGAGGAGGCGGCCAACAGAGUGGAGAUUUGCAGGGACCAGCUCUCGGCGGACAUGUACAAUUUUGUGGCCAAAGAAGUAGACUAUGCAAACUAUUUCCAAACUCUGAUCGAGGUGCAGGCAGAAUACCAUCGCAAAUCCUUAGCGCUUCUGCAGAACGUCCUGCCUCAAAUUAAAGCCCAGCAGGAGGCGUGGAUGGAGAAGCCCUCCUUCGGGAAGCCCUUGGAGGAGCACCUGGCCGUCAGCGGGCGGGAGAUCGCCUUCCCCGUGGAGGCAUGUGUGACGAUGCUGCUGGAGUGCGGCAUGCAGGAGGAGGGUCUGUUCCGCGUGGCUCCCUCGGCCUCCAAGCUGAAGAAGCUCAAGGCUGCCCUGGACUGCUGCGUGGUGGAUGUGCAGGAGUACUCGGCCGACCCACACGCCAUCGCAGGAGCCCUCAAGUCCUACCUGCGAGAGCUGCCGGAGCCUCUCAUGACGUUUGAGUUGUACGAGGAGUGGAUCCAGGCUUCCAACAUCCCAGAGCAGGAGAAGCGGCUCCAGGCUCUCUGGAACGCCUGCGAGAAGCUGCCCAAAGCCAACUACAACAACAUCAGGUACCUGAUUAAGUUCCUGGCCAAGCUGACUGAGUACCAGGACACGAAUAAAAUGACGCCGAGCAACGUGGCCAUCGUGCUGGGGCCCAACCUCCUGUGGCCGCAGGCGGAUGGGAACAUGACGGAGAUGAUGACGACGGUCUCGCUGCAGAUUGUGGCCAUCAUCGAGCCGCUCAUCCAGCACGCCGACUGGUUCUUCCCCGGAGGGAG